AGGGUGCGGGUCAAGGGCAUUUUGGCUGUGUCAUUGUGAAUUAAUCUUCACAACAUCGUGCGACUUACUUCACACAGACGAGCUCACAAAACUGGUUUAUGUUCUGCAAGCAUUCUUUCACAAAGUUCAUUCAGCAGCGCACGGGACAGAGGAACACUUCAACACUGAUGAAAAAUACACAUGAAAUCCUCUGCAGUGAAAGGAUCUCUCCGGACCAGUCACGAUGCUCGCCCUGAGCAGUAGGAUGGUGCUGGUGUUGCUGUGGCUGGCCGUAGUGUCCAGCACAGCUCUGACUGAAUGCUUCCCUGACCGCGUUGACCCUGAGUACCAGCUGAAUCUCAUUCAGGCUCCGCCUGCACCCAUCCAGAACUCAGCUGGCUCUCUGGAGCCUCUCUACAACUUUGCUCGGCUGUUCCUGCUGGCCGUGCAACCAUAUGGGUUUCCCUUAGACACUGCAUCCCGAGUAUCGCAGAAUGAAGCUACGAGCUCAGAGGUGAUCCGCUAUGAAGCUGGUUACAUGGUGUGCCUCAUUCUCGCUGUUCUUUACGUUGUGGCAAUCCCUGUAGCGGGUAUAGUGCUUGUGUGGCGAUAUUUCCACUAUAAAAAGAUGCCAGUAGAGAGUCAACCAUCACCGUCAUCAUUACCAUGGUACCAAAGGAAUGUCACUGUGAUUACAUGCCUCUCUGUUGUGGUCAUCUUACUGCUCUGUGGUGUGAUUCUGACGUUCACCACCAACAACAAGAUGCGUCAGAACAUGCAGCCGAAUCUUUCUCGCCUCAGGACGGACAUUGGGAACAUUGAGAAAGCACUGAACUCUGUCCCACAGAAAGUGGACUCCAUUGUUGACAAAUUCUCUGUCUUCCAAGAGGAGCUGAUGGAGGAACUGGAGGAAACUGGUGAUUUAAUUGGCCAAACAAUCCUCUCGUCUCUCAAUCCUAAUAUCAACAUUGCCCUCGACAGCUUGAGGAUCACUGUUCAAGAUGCUACUGGUGCACAGCGCCACCUUCUGGAGGUGAAGGAAUUGAGAGAGAAUAUGCAGGCCACCUACGCACUCUUAAAGACGGAGCUGACUGAGAUGCAGAAGCGACUGGACAAACUCAACAGCACCCUGGAUACCUCCACUCUGACGACUGAUGCCAAAUACGACUUGAUACCCAGUGUGGAUCAUGAGGUGCAACAGAUAAGCUUUGUGUCCGUAUUUUAUGACAUGGAAGAGCAGGUUGAGACGUUGAUCUCCUCCAUUCCUGGUAUCUGUGCAGAUCAGAGCACUCCACAGAUUGAAGGGCUGCUAGUGUAUUUGAACAAGGUACACACCGCGUUUAGGAACAACAGCAAGCGGCUGCCCUCUCUGAGGUCCCUCUUAAAUGCUGUUUCCAAUGUCCGUGCAGCGCUUGACAAAUCCAAGGCAGGCAUCGAUUACUACGACUAUGUCAGGUGGUCGGUGUCAGUUGCAUUCUGCACAUUGAUCUUGAUUAUAUCGUUGCUGAUGUUGGCUGGACUGGUCAUUGGAGCAUCUAUGGUCAUCUCUCCCACACUUUACCCCUUCUACCUGGAGAACCAGCUGAGACUGACCACUGUUUACCUCCUCUAUGUUGCUUCAGGAAUGAUAUUCGUCUUUUCCUGGCUCUUCAUCAUCAUGGUCUUCAUCAACCUGUUUUUCGGCGGUAAUGCUCAUGCCCUGGUCUGCAGAAGCUGCACUAAUGGAGAGACUUUUGAGUUCUUGGACAAGCAAGCUCUGUUCAGCAGUCUGGAUGCUGAAGAAUCCGAAGACAUGGACAUUGAUACCACCACUGCCCAAAGUCCAACCAUGAGCACAGCCAAUAACAGUACUGAUGUGUUUACAAACCUCACAGACUAUCACAGGAAACAGGCCAUCAAGACCUUCGAGAUAUACCAGGGGUGUCAAAGGGGAAGAUCGAUGUUCUACAGCAUGCACAUGAAUGAGACCUUCAAUAUGAACAAGUUUCUCAAUGCAAGCAUGUAUCUGAGGGGAUUUGAUUACAGCAUGCACGCUCUGAACUUUGACCUGAGCACUGUACAGCUGCUCCCAGACAACGCCAGAAUAGCCGUGCAGCUAUUUCGGGACUUCAGCAACCUUGACCAAAUCAAAUACAAUAACUUUCGAACUCUGCUGGCUAGUCCAAUAGUGAAAACAGACCUGGACACAUUUGCUGCACAACUGGAGACAGCAGCCCUGACGGCAAAUGGCACCAAUAGAGAGAAUCUCACGAGUGAAGCAGCUAAAGCCAGACAGCUGGCCAAUACUGUUCGUCUACAAGACUCAUACAGGCGCAAUAUGUCUUCCAGUAUAGAGGCUCUGGCUACCAUCAGAAGCAAUUAUCAGGCGAAUGCAGAUAACACUCUUCUAAAUGCCACUGAAGUUGAAAGCUCUCUGCAGCUUCAGGUUCCUGAUGCUGUGCAGAACGUGUCUCGCUGUGUGAUGGAGAGGGCGACUGAAUUGCUGAGGCAAUACUUUGUCUUCGUCAAAUAUGCGAUAAUUGAUGAGGCGCUGGAGUGCAGCUGGCUCCCUGUCUCCCUCAGCAACAUGUACACCGCCACGUGUGAAAAUCUGAUUGGACCGUGGAAUGCAUUCUGGCUGUCUCUGGGUUGGUGUUGUGCGUUCCUCAUUCCUGGUGUCAUCUUCAGUAUCCUGGCAGCUCGACUGUGGAAGCCUCCAACUUCACCUGUGAAUAGGGAGCGAUUCCACAUGCCAGAUGACAUCUUUGAUAAAGGCACAAACACCAGCUGCAUGACCCUGGGCUCCCUGAAAGGCAAAAGGACGGAAGGCAACACCUACAAGAGAAUGGAAGAGCCCAUGGAUUUCAAGAAGAACGGAGACACUAAGAAGACUAACUUCAACAUCUACAUGACUCUGGACGACGUGAUCAGCUUUGAUAAAGGCAAAAAGGAGAAAGGAGGCUGCAGCGCAUAAAGCGACAAUAAAGGAUCAGGAACACGAAGAGAUUUCGGGGGCUAAGGGGGCACACCUUCCAAAUACUCGUUUUUUAUCCUUAAAUAAUGUCUCAUUUUUCCCUCUUCAUGGCUGCCUUUUGUUUUGUCUUUAAGCUUGUACUUCUUCUGGCUGCUUCUUUACAUAAGGCUGUUUAUUUUUGAACAUUAUUAAUAAAACCUACCAGCUAAUGAUGUUUUUGCUUCUGUUCAUAUCAAACACAUUGA